AUGGGAUGUGCUCGUUCGCAUUUUACACUUACGCCUUUACCAACGGGUCAAGUGUUAGCAGUUGGGGAAAAAGGUCCUGCAAUAGACGAAUGUCCACGUGUCAGUGAACUCUACAAUUCAACAACUAAUCAAUGGAUAAGUACUCUUCUACUGAAUACGGGUCGUCAUAAGCACAACGCUGUUCUCAUUAACAAUGGUGUAUUGGUUUUAGGUGGUUCUGUGGAUGAUGAUACUUAUCAAUACGCUUGUGAGAGAUAUGAUCUAUAA